AUGUUUCGUCGCAACACAACAGAUAAGCGGCCCGAGGAGAUGAGUCCUCAAGCCAAGAAACAACAAAAGAAAGAAGAGGAAGAUCGUCUGUUGGAGUUGUUUGACAGAUAUGACACCGAAGAUCGGAAAGAGAUAGAUUCCUAUCAAAUCAGCAAAUAUCUUCAACAGCAAUUCAAGCUGUAUCUUCCCGACUAUUUAAUCAAGCAACUUAUAGGAGAAAAGGUGAUGAGUAUCACAUCGACCAAAAUCCAACGGAAAGACUGGCUUGGCUUUUGCACCAUUUUAGACGCAAAAUACGAAGAACUCGACCAAACAAAAAAUUUCGACCACACACAAGAGAUCUUUGCUUCUCAACGAAAAGAAAAGCCGGAGACUUACUCGGACUUCUCUCCAAAACUCGUCAAGUCGAAACGCACGCCGCGAACGGUAGUUCAAAAGCCCGUCUUCUCCAAUGGAAUUAUCACAGACGUUCCUGUCGACUCUCCACAGAAAGACCCGAAGAAGCGGAUCUCAUCACAGGAAUCCUUUUGUGAGCAAAUCUUCUCACCUCCGAUGAUCGUUGCGUUGCCGAAGAAGAUCCAUUACACGCGCCUUUCCUUAGACGACCAGACGAGAGAUAUAAUUAAACAAAUGAAUGAUGAGAAGGUACUUAAAGAGCGGAGUGAAGGCAAUAUGAGUCUAAAGUCGACACUUCCUGGGGAGAAUGAAGGGACUCGACGUAAGCAAUGGGGCAAUUUACUUCGCAACUUCUCUGAGAAGCCGUUAGAAGACACACUAGACUUAAUGUUAGGGAAUACGGAGGAAGUCUUAAUGAACUCGAAAGUGAAGAAAUGUAUCUACAAAGUCACGACGCGGAUCAGUAACGUCAAAGUGGAAUUAAAAGAGAAGUUGUCGUGUGUCUUUGCGGUGUAUGCGAAGAACAUUUUAUUAGAAAAGAUUACGUCGGACAUGUACUUUGAUGUGAAUGUCGAACCGCCACAGAUCGGCUUUGAGAUUGGGUCGGAUCAUUUACGAGAGAAAGGGAAGAAGAUUUAUGCCGUUCUCUUUGUUUAUCGUGCAGCAGAUGCAAAACAGAAUACAAUGCGAGAGAUCUAUUCCGGUGGGGAAUUACCUAAAGGGAAGAAAUUGGAAACUUUAAAACAACAGAGUGAGUUCAGUCAUAAGACUUUAAUAGGAAUAGGAGCUGAACGACUGUAUGUCACUACAAGUAAGAAGAAUGGAUACGUCUUAAGUCCUUUGGAGAAACAAUUUGGAUUGAAGAUCUAUCGCGACGACGAGUUUAAAGACCUCUCCAAGUUCUUGAGCGAUGUCGAGAGUGCAAAGGAAAUCAAAGCAACAACGCUCACGUGGAUAUUACAAAUAGAACAGUUGCGCGACCCCCUCUCAAAGAUUAAACGACGCGAUUCCCCACGAACGUCCGACUUCAAAAUCUUCGACGCGAAUUUGGUCGAGUUCAAAGACCAAAGCGAAGACAUGAAAGAACUCUAUUUACUCGAAGAUGUCAGUUAUCCCACAACAGCAUCGACUGCAAUGACUGAAUUUGGGAUGAACUAUUAUAUCUAUCCAAAAGAACUUGUCAUGAAAGAGAAACGGAAGAUAUGGACCUUCAUAGAAGUGUCGAUGCGGACCUCCGACGUCGACGAGAAAGAGUCCGAGUCAUAUAUAUCUGCGUUUUAUCCACAAAAAGAGCGAGGCGAGUUCAUGAGGACAUACACAACAGCAGUCAAAUUGUCGGGAAAGGCCGUUCGCUUUAACGACGAGAUCAAAAUCCGCAUGCCGAAGACGAAGGAAGCGUAUUCGGAGUUAACAGAGUGGCAUAUCCUCUUCAAGGUGAUGGAGAUGCAACUCGACGGGACGAAGAUGGAGUGCCGCGCACUUGGAUUCAUGCAACCUGUCUUACCGCAAACGAAUGAAUACAUCGUCAAUUUGUAUAAGCCGGGGCCUUCGGGGUAUCUAGCGAAGACGAAAGAGACACGUGGGACGUUAAAAGUAGGGAUCACGAAUUUGGUGAGUGUAGUUCCUGCUAUUAAAGAGAUUCAAAUGCUUGGGGAGACGUCGACGGGCUUCAUUAAUGCGGUCGACAAGCUAUCAAGGUCAUCGCUUGGGACACAAAAACCAGUGUUACAGAUAUACAUGCCAACGAUGUUAAAUUGGAUGAUUGGCGGGUUGAUAGGACAGAAGUCAUUGGGAGUGUUUGUGACGUUCUUUCGAUUUGCGUUGAACUUAAGAAAUGAGGUGAGAGACCCAUUAGUGUUGGAGUAUGUCAAUGACUUCUUUGAUCCGCGCACAUUAAGUUCGUUAUAUUCACACUACAAAUACGUCUUCUUGUUAAUAGUUGGAGAUACUGCUGAUCUCUUCAUGAAGAAUGAAGCCAACUUUGAUCAGAACGUCGUGUUGUGGUCUUGGUUCUUCUUUGAUAUUAUCAUUCGGUCGACGGUGGAGUAUUUACAUGAACAGAUGGACAAGGGGAGUUCGUUGGAGACGUGUUAUGUCUCUGCGGAAGGCAAUCGGUUUGAGAAGAGUGUGUUUGAAUUGGUCGAGUCGUUUGUGCAUCAAGUCACGCGACUUCCAACGGUCUCUGCGCAAAUCAAAGCGAAUCUUUACUUGGGGAAGUUCAUGCGAGACUUAAUGCGGUUCUGGAAGUUGACAUUUGUUGUGAAGUUACUUGAAAUAGUGAUGGACUGGUAUGCGUCUGGGGGGAAUGUGAAGACCGAUGUGAAGCGCGAGAAGGUCACGCAAAUACUUCGUGUUGAUAUGUUAAAUAUAUUCCGAGACUCUUCAUUACUCUUCUUGUCGUCGUACAUAGAAAGUACUGAGUCAUUUGAUGAGAGGUGUUUCUCGCAGCAGACCAUCUUGACGUUGAUGAUUCGGAAUUACAUGAUGUUAAUACUACGAGGUGGGGAGUUACAGAAACUUGGGGUAUAUGGUUUAUCGUUAUUAGUGAUGCGAUUUGACUGCGACACGACGUUACAGAAGCGUGAAGCUAAAGAGAGAUUAGCGGAUAUGUUAAUGCCAAUUGUGAUCUAUAUGAUUGAAGAAAUCGACUUCUUUAAAGGAUGGCACCAAACAAAUUUGGUGACAUUGGAUGUGUACGACAUCUAUAUGAUGCAAUGCUUUGUCCUCUGUUUUCUCUUUGUUAUUAAGAACUUGAAGACACAAACACUCCGAAGCUAUUUGAAAGUGCCAUUGCGGUGUUCUGUGUUACUGGACCACUUCGAGUGGUCCCUCAAAAUCAUUUCUAUGCCAAUUUCAAGUGUCUUUUCCCCAAUCGAGUUAUUCAAAGUCGCGCGAACAACAUUGUUAAAAGAAGUGUGUGACGAGAAAGCAGAUAACGUCUUCUUCACGUUAAAUCGCGACGAAAAGGUCGUGGAGGAACUUUGCGACGACGAGCUGUCGAAAAGCCCAAAACCAAAGUCGAUGAUUUCAGUGUCGCAAGUGCCUAAGAGACCGUCACUCAUCAACAACAUCGGAAAGACAUUAAAAGACACGUUGUCGUCGUCAUCGUCAUCGUCU